AUGUAUGCUGGAUUGUAUCUACCAUUGCUAUGUGCUGCAAGUUCUGAUGCUGAAAGAAGCUGGUUGCCAUGUGUGGGCAACAGACCUUCAACUACAAUUAACAGCGGCGCGGGGACAUCUACUGCGGGGAGCUCUGAGCGCACGGAAGACGCGUUCCACCAGCCAGCCAACACUCAUGCCACAAACAAUGUCGAGUCAGUGUCGGAAAUGGCAAUCGUGCCAGCAAUACCGACAAGCACACAUGUGCACACCAGCACAAGCAACACUCAAGUAGGUGAAACAUCCGCCGAUACUGAAGUGAAUGAUGAAACCGAUGACGAAGCACAAGGGGAUGAAGAUGGUGGGCAAUCAGAAAUCAUGGUACCCCAGCCACCGUAUCUUGGGCAGAGAUUUGAUUCGUUUGCAGAUGCAAAGGAAUUCUACCAGACAUAUGCAAAGUUCCAUGGAGGAUUCACCGCCCUCGAGAAGAAAUUCAUAAAGCUGCUACAUGAUUGUAACGUCGGUCCAUCAAGAAUGGUGCAGAUACUCUCCCUCAUCCACAGCAAAAACGGGUCUCUGGGUAGCAUGCCCUACCUACCAUUAGACGUCACAAACCUAAAGGCAAAGUACCGUAGAGAAAGCAAGUUGGCUGACAUAGAAGCCACGAUAGCCUACUUCGAUGAGAAAGCGAAAGAAGAUCAAGAUUUCUUCUACAGGAUAAGAUUGGACGAUGAGGACCGUGUCAGGAACAUGUAUUGGGUGGAUGGUGCUGCAAGAAGAGCCUACAAACAUUUCCGAGACUGCAUUUCUUUCGACGCGACAUAUCUCACUAAUAUGUACAAGAUGCCAUGCGCUCCAUUCAUAGGAAUAAAUAACCACAAUCAGUCAUUGCAGUUCGGAUGCAAGCUCGUUUGGAACGAAGACACAGAUGGGUACGUUUGGCUGUUCAAGACCUUCUUGGAGUGCAUGGGUGGACUUGCUCCGAUGAACAUAAUAACAGACCAGGAUUUUAGCAUGCGUGCAGGCAUAGAGGAGGUCUUUCCAUUGGCAGUGCACAGGCACUGCAGGUGGCACAUUAUAAAGAAGGCUGAGGAGACACUAGGACCGUUCUUUGCUGAUUGUCCAGACCUGCACAAGGCAUUCGAGCUAUGCGUGGACCACAGCUUGACGGUGGAGGAGUUUGAAAGGAGCUGGAUGGCUAUGAUUGAAACAUAUCAAGUCCAAGACCACGAGACGCUUGCUAGCUUGUGGCAGAAGCGAAUGUACUGGGUGCCGGCCUACUUCAUGCAGUGCUUCUUCCCGUUUCUGCAGACUACACAGCGCAGUGAGGGGUUCAAUGUUGUUUUGAAGCGGUACGUGAGCCCUGGCAACUCAUUACUACAGUUUGCCAAGCAGUACACCGCUUUGCAACAAAAAAUACUGGGAUCCGAGCUACAGCAAGAAGCAAACACCGCGCUCAAGCAGCCAAAAUUGCUAAAGUAUUUACCAAUGGAGAGGCAGAUGAGCAAGAUAUACACCAACACGAUUUUUAACAAGUAA